AUGAAAGCCACCCUUUGGUUGUGGUCAGCGGUGACGGCAUUGGUGUGCGCAAGUCUACAGGUGUCCGCUCUGCCCUACAGCGAUAGCAGAGUUAUACAGGAAAACAGCUUGCUGUCGCUGAAGAGGACGAAACCGUCGCUGUCGAUCGUAAAUCCGCUCGAUGUGCUCCGACAGCGAAUCAUCCUCGAGAUGGCACGAAGGCAGAUGCGCGAAAACACGCGACAGGUGGAACUGAACAAGGCUCUGCUUCGGGAGAUCGGUAAGCGUAGCAGCAACUUCUACGAUCGUCCGGAGGAUGCCCUCGACUACGCCUACUACGAUCGCAAGCCGUACAACCACCGAGUUGCACCCGAGCCGGAGCACAGCCCUGUCGAGGAGGAGCUGGAGGCAAUGGUGGAGAGUCUUCUGCGCGGUGGCCAUCUGUCCCUCCGGGAAGGCAAUCACCAGCGUGUCCGCUCGAUCGCCGACCGGCAGCUAUCACCGCUGGGUCAUGCGAAGCUAGAGCAGACCUCUCAGUUAGCGUCACGCUCCCCCCAACAGCCGCCGCAGCAGCUGGGAAGCCUCUUCACCGACGAACAGGACCCGGACCAGGCCAAGAACGGAGGAUACCAGCAGCCCAACACCGGAAGCAACGACAACGACGGCCCGGUGGACGAAGACGGCGAGGAAGCGUUGGGAGGUGGCAGUUCCGCUGCGCUGAAGGAACCCGCACCAGAUGGCUACCUGGAGCAGGCCGGCCCGGCCGGUCCGGGGAAGAUCGAGUCACAGCAAGCGACGGGGAACGAUCGGAAUGCCGAGACCGACUUUCGCCAACGGUACGUUUACGGUAUGUACAAAAACCGGUACGCGAACUAG